ACCAACAGAACAGCCCACCUCUUUACGUAGAGACCAGUCUUACUGGAGCACAGUUCAUUGCAGCGGUGUUCACACAAAGAUGAGCUUCACCUUGAUAACAGCUUUGCUCUGUACCUACAGUUUGAUCUCUGUCUCUGUUUCGGAGUUCCACACUGUGGAGGUCCAGCCUGGUGAACAAGUCACACUCAUGUGCUCCAACUUUACCAGUUUUAUCUCUCACAUAUUCUGGUUCAGACUGACCAGCAGAGCCAACAUCAGCUGUAUCUCCUCUAUGUCGAGCCCUGAUACCAAAGCUUCGCUCCGUGAAGGAUUUCAAAAUGGCAAAUUUAAUAUGACCUCCAACACGUCUACCCUCUUUCUCACCAUCAAACCAGUGGAUGUGUCUGACUCUGGACUGUAUUUCUGUGGACUUCACCCCGAUGGGAAGUCAGUAAUUGUCAGUGCAACAUAUUUAAAUGUUCAAGGUAAGACUGUUGUUGCAGAGGUGUUUGCUGAAAUAACGAGCCUGACAAGUGUGAUCCUGGGUGCUCUGCUUAUUUUCCUCAUUGCAGUCAUCAUUGGUCUGGUUGUCAAAAUCAGGAAACUUCAUACAGCUCAUACAGAGGGACAGAAUCUACACCACAGUGAGAACCUGGGCUCUGAUGAUCUGAACUAUGCAGCGCUGAGUUUCCAUCAAAGAGCAAAAAGCAGCAGAAGGCCUCCAUCAGUGAACCAGCUGGAGCCACAUGUUGUGUAUGCUGCCACCAGAUAGACUCUGGAAACAUCUGGAACUGCAGCUCACAGUGGAACUGAUGCAUUGUCAUAUCAAACUGAUACUAUAUAUGCCCUGUGGUGACAAACAGCACUGUCUCACUGUCUCGGUGAGGUACUUUAAAAGUAUGUGCAUCAUGACUGAAGUCUCACCCACAGGAAGUUUGGCCUUCAGCUCUCUGAAGCUCAACCACACACAACAAAGGCCUUUAUGUCUCCAGAGCUCAACUGUAAUUGGUCAGUUUUGUUAAAAGUCAAGACGUUUUUGUGUUGUAAUUGUAGAUAUGUAAUCACUGAGCAUCAUGUUAGCCAUAAGUCAGUCUC